GAAUCAUGGCAUUUUCAUCAUUCAAAAUACUAAGAGCACAACCGGUUUUGAAAGUUACUGAAUAAUUAAGCAGCAAUUACUUCUAGUACGAAUUAUAAAAUGAUCUAUUUUCACCUAAAGAUCCCCUUUUUCCAAACUCAACAACCACCAUCAUUACUAUUAUGAAAGGAACCUCCAGGAAAUUCGUAAAUUAUCUUAUACCGAACCACACACACCCAUAUCCAAACCUCAACUCCAGCUCCAACUCACACGAUGGCAUCGCGUAUCGAGUUAAGUGUUUCUGUUCAGCUCAACGGCCACCCUUUAUUCCGAUCCCCUCAGCUAGCCAUCAGCUCUACCCGCGCCCGAGCUAUACAAAGCAUCAUUGACAAAUGCGCUCAAGAAAUAGAAUAUCAGCUCACUCGAGCAGGCGCAGAUGAGAGAAGAGAUGCAGAAAAGGACAGAAGAUGUCAAGAAGAUACGAGAGAGCUUAUGGAAAAUCAUGGACAAACUUGGGAUGCCCGGUUUUAAGCGGUUGGAAAGGUAGCGGGAACGGCUAGUGAGGUAGUUGUAGAGAUGCAAUUGCUUGGAUAUUAGACUAUGCAUAGUCUUCAGCACAAGAUGAGAUGUAAUCAUGUGUUUUUUCUCGCACAGCUAAGUCAUGGAGACCGUUCAGUGCAGAACCAGUUCGACGGAGUCAUUCAUCAGCGUCUAGCAAAUAAACAUUCAGUAUUUAGCAAGUAUUGUGGGACAUUCAUACGUAACUCUCUGUGACUGCAAUUCCCAAGAUUUCUAUAUGAUUGUCUGAAGAAAGGAAACAUGAGCUGUGUUUACUAUGUACGAAAUAAAUACCAAUAAUUAUUGUAUAGGUACGGCCAGGACUUGAAGAAAUGAUUGAAUCAAC